AUGGAAGGCGUUCUUCAUUUAACACUGUACAAUACUUCUAAUAGCAAUGAUCAACUCAAGUUAGGAGCAAGCAGUCCUGACGAUGCAGCUAGGUGGAUCAAUUUGAUUAAAGAGGAAACUUUAAAGUUCACAACUAUACCUAACAUGAUUUGUUGUCAUGUUUCCCCUCCUUCUCCUUUCUCCACAUCCUCCACCUUCAAGGGUCUGAAGUCUAGCUCAAUCUUUGGAGAUUCACUCCGAGUAGCACCAACAUCACAGUUCAAAGCCACAAAGGCUAAGAACAAUGGUGCUUCAUCUUUGACCAAAUGUGAAAUUGGUCAAAGCUUGGCUUUGCAAUAUUCGCACGUGUGUAAGUAUGCUUGCUCUGAAGAAGUACAUGAGCUUCAAGACAUGGGUGGUCCAGUGGAAGGUGGGUUUAGUGUGGCGUUUGAUCCAUUGGAUGGAUCCAGCAUUGUGGAUACAAACUUCAACGUGGGAACGAUCUUUGGAGUUUGGCCUGGUGGUAAGUUAACCGGAUUCACGGGAGGAGAUCAAGUGGCUGCAGCCAUGGUCUAUGGUCGAAGAACCACUUAUGUUUUGGCUGUUAAAGGGUUUCCAGGAACUCAUGAGUUCUUGCUUCUUGAUGAAGAUUCACUCUUUGGUAGCCAUGUUAAGGAGACAACAGAGAUCAAUGAAGGGAAAAUGUUCUCACCAGGAAACUUGAGAGCCACGUUUGACAACUCUGAAUACAGAAAGUUGAUUGAUUACUACAUGAAAGAGAAGUACACACUGCGAUACACAGGAGGAAUGGUUCUUGAUGAUAACCAGGCAAAGUUAAGGCUGUUGUUUGAAGUGGCUCCUCUUGGCCUGCUCAUUGAGAAUGCUGGUGGGUUCAGCAGUGAUGGAUACACCUCUGUUCUCAACAAGACCAUCGUCAACCUCGACGACAGAACUCAGGUUGCUUAUGGUUCAAAGAACGAGAUUAUCCGUUUCAACCCUAUAUGA